GCCGAGCGCCAUUUCCCUCCAAGAGGCGGGAGGCCCUACUGUUCGCUGAAAGCCUCGAUUGUUAUUUUGGGCAGCGGCGGUUGUUGUUGGUCGCCGACGCCAUGGGCUUCCUGCGGCUCAUCGAGAUCGAGAACUUCAAGUCGUACAAAGGCCGACAGAUCAUCGGGCCCUUCAAGAAGUUCACGGCUAUCAUCGGUCCGAAUGGCUCGGGCAAAUCGAAUCUCAUGGAUGCCAUCAGCUUUGUAUUGGCAGAGAAGACGAGUAACCUGAGGGUGAAGACGCUGAAGGACCUGAUCCAUGGUGCCCCAGUGGGAAAGCCAGCAGCCAACCGCGCCCUGGUCAGCAUGGUGUAUACCGAAGACUCUGGUGAUGAUAAGGUGUUCACCAGGGUCAUUGUGGGUGCUUCAUCGGAGUACAGGAUCAACAACAAAGUGGUGCCCCUGCAGGACUACAGUGAGCAGCUAGAGAAACUGGGAAUUCUCAUCAAAGCCCGUAACUUCUUAGUGUUUCAGGGCGCUGUGGAGUCCAUCGCCAUGAAGAAUCCCAAAGAGCGGACUGCCCUGUUUGAGGAGAUUAGCCGCUCGGGGGAGCUGGCUCAGGAGUACGACAAGAGGAAGAAGGAGAUGGUGAAGGCUGAGGAGGACACGCAGUUCAACUACCACCGGAAGAAGAACAUCGCAGCAGAGCGCAAAGAAGCCAAGCAGGAGAAAGAGGAGGCGGAACGUUACCAGCGUCUGAAAGAUGAACUGGCCCGCGCGCAGGUCCAGCUGCAGCUCUUCAAGCUGUACCACAACGAAUCAGAGAUUGAGCGGUUGAGCAAAGACCUCACCUCCCGUAAUAAGGAGAUCGAGAAGGACAAGAAACGCAUGGACAAGGUGGAGGAGGAGAUGAAGGUGCAGAAGAAGGAAGUCGGCAAGCUGAUCAGGGAGCAGCAGCAGAUUGAGAAGGAAAUCAAGGAGAAGGAUGCGGAAUUGAACCAGAAACGACCGCAGUACAUCAAGGCCAAGGAGAACACGUCGCACAAGAUCAAGAAGCUGGAGUCCGCCAAGAAGUCACUGCAGAACGCGCAAAAGCAGUACAAGAAGCGCAAGGCGGACAUGGACGAGUUGGAUCAGGAGAUGCUGUCAGUGGAGAAGGCCCGGCAGGAGUUUGAGGAGCGCAUGGAGGAGGAGAGUCAGAGCGAAGGACGGGAUCUGCAACUUGAGGAGAACCAGGUGAAGAAGUACCACCGGCUGAAGGAGGAGGCCAGCAAGCGAGCGGCCACACUAGCUCAGGAGCUGGAGAAGUUCAACCGGGAUCAGAAGGCUGACCAGGACCGGCUGGACUUGGAGGAGAGGAAGAAAGUGGAGACAGAGGCCAAAAUCAAGCAGAAGGUCAGAGAGAUUGAAGAGAAUCAGAAGAGGAUUGAGAAAUUGGAAGAUUACAUCAACACCAGCAAGCAGUCGUUGGAGGAGCAGCAGGCGCAAGAGGCCAAGCUGACCGAGGAGGUGGAGGCAGCAAAGCGGCGCAUCGAUGAGAUUAACAUGGAGCUCAAUCAGGUCAUGGAGCAGCUGGGUGAUGCUCGCAUCGACCGGCAGGAGAGCAGUCGCCAGCAGCGUAAGGCAGAGAUCAUGGAGAGCAUUAAACGCCUCUACCCAGGCUCUGUGUAUGGCCGUCUGAUUGAUCUGUGCCAGCCCACACAGAAGAAAUAUCAGAUUGCUGUCACCAAGGUACUCGGGAAAAACAUGGACGCCAUUAUUGUAGACACGGAGAAGACUGGCAGGGACUGCAUCCAAUACAUUAAGGAGCAGCGGGGGGAGCCGGAGACUUUCCUGCCUCUUGACUACUUAGAGGUAAAGCCGACUGAUGAGAAGCUCCGGGAGCUGCGGGGGGCUAAACUGGUGAUCGAUGUUAUCCGUUACGAGCCACCGCACAUUAAGAAAGCUCUACAGUAUGCCUGUGGGAAUGCACUAGUGUGCGACAAUGUGGAGGAUGCCAGGAGAAUUGCUUUUGGGGGUCCACAGAGACACAAGACAGUUGCCUUGGAUGGGACCCUGUUCCAGAAAUCCGGUGUGAUAUCAGGCGGUGCUAGUGACCUGAAGGCCAAGGCCCGUCGCUGGGACGAGAAGGCGGUUGAGAAGCUGAAGAGCAAGAAGGAGAAGCUGACCGAAGAGCUGAAGGAGCAAAUGAAGAUAAAACGGAAGGAGGCCGAACUGCGGCAGGUGCAGUCGCAGGCUCAUGGGCUCCAGAUGAGGUUGAAGUAUUCACAGAGUGACCUGGAUCAGACCAAAACCCGACAUCUUUCACUGAACAUGCAGGAGAAAUCCAAGCUGGAGAGUGAGCUGGCAAACUUUGGGCCAAAAAUAAAUGACAUCAAACGCACAGUGCAGGCCCGGGAUCGCGAGAUGAAGGAGCUGAAAGAGAAGAUGAACCAGGUUGAGGAUGAGGUGUUUGAGGAAUUCUGUCGAGAAAUCGGGGUGAGGAACAUCAGGGAGUUUGAAGAGGAGAAGGUGAAAAGGCAGAACGAGAUAGCCAAGAAGAGACUGGAGUUUGAGAACCAGAAGACAAGACUGGGCAUCCAGCUCGACUAUGAGCGGCAACAGCUGAAGGAGGACCAGGAUAAAGUGCACAUGUGGGAGCAAACAGUGAAGAAGGACGAGAAUGAGAUUGAAAAACUGAAAAAGGAGGAGCACAGGCACAUGAAGAUCAUUGACGAGACCAUGGCCCAGCUGCAGGACCUGAAGAACCAGCACCUUGCCAAAAAGUCAGAGGUCAACGACAAGAACCACGAGAUGGACGACAUUCGCAAGAAGCUUGGAGGGGCCACCAAGGAGAUGACCCAGCUCCAGAAGGAAGUGACUGCUAUCGAGACCAAACUGGAACAGAAGCGCAGUGACCGGCACAACCUGCUGCAGAGCUGUAAGAUGCAGGACAUCAAGCUGCCCCUGCGCCAGGGGAGCAUGGAUGACAUCAGUCAGGAAGAGGGCGAAUUGCAGUCCGAAGACACAGGAAACAGUUCGCAGAGGACCUCGAAUGUGUGCGCACGGGAGGCCAUGAUUGAGAUAGAUUACAGCGAGCUGUCCGAGGAUCUGAAGGAUACACUAGCAGAAGACGAGGUCAAGAUCGAGUUGAACAGCCUGCAGCAGAAGGUGACAGAGCACCAGAACAUCCUGCAACGGAUUGCCGCACCCAACAUGAAGGCCAUGGAGAAGCUGGAUAGUGUGCGGGAUAAAUUCCAGGAAACCUCAGAAGAGUUUGAGGCAGCAAGAAAACGAGCCAAAAAAGCAAAGCAGGCAUUCGAGCAGAUCAAGAAGGAGCGCUUUGACCGCUUCAACGCCUGUUUCGAAGCUGUGGCCACGAAUAUCGAUGAGAUUUACAAGGCUCUCUCACGGAACAGUAGUGCGCAGGCAUUCCUCGGCCCGGAGAACCCAGAAGAGCCGUACCUGGAUGGGAUCAACUACAACUGUGUGGCUCCGGGCAAGCGGUUCAGGCCCAUGGAUAACCUGUCUGGAGGGGAGAAGACGGUGGCGGCCUUGGCGCUGUUGUUUGCCAUCCACAGCUAUAAGCCAGCCCCGUUCUUUGUUCUGGAUGAGAUUGAUGCUGCCCUUGACAAUACAAACAUUGGAAAGGUUGCCAACUACAUCAAGGAGCAGUCUAUGUCUAACUUUCAGGCUGUGGUCAUUUCCCUAAAAGAGGAAUUCUACACCAAGGCUGACGCUCUCAUUGGUGUCUACCCUGAGCAAGGGGACUGUGUCAUCAGUAAAGUGCUGACCUUCGACCUGACUGGGUUCCCAGAGGCUGGCCCAUCACCCAAUGAUUAACCCGUACACGGGGAAGGCAUGCUGGGGUUGGGGAUGAGGAUUUUUGUGGGAGUUUGGACACCUUGUGCUUCAUUCACCUGGCAGCGUGUAUCAAGCGACUGGAAUUUGACACAUGGGGUGGGGCUCCAAGCUGUGUUUUCUGUUUUAGUCCCUUCCGUGUUGUGCAGACUUUUCUCCCCUCUCUGUCUGUAUGUCUGUGUCCGUCUGCCUCUUCUCUCUGUGUCUGUCUGUCUGUCUCUCUCUCUCUCUCUCUCUCUCUCUCUCUCUCUUUUUCUCUGUCUCUCUCUCUCUUUUUCUUUUUUUUCCUCUUUUUUCUCUCUCUCUCUCUGUCUCCCUCUCUCUUCUCUCUUUCUUUCUUUCUCUCGCUCUCUCUCUCACCGCCCCCUUCUCUUUCAACCCCCUUUCUCUCUCUCUCUCUCUCACACACACACACACACACACACACACACACACACACACACACACACACACACCCCCCCCCCCCGUCUCUCUACAAUCCUUUUGUUGUAUGUCUCGUGUGGUGGGCUGGGGUGGGAAAGGUUGCUGCUCAGUGCUUGCCUUUGACCAUUUUCUCUGCUCGCAAAUCAGAGGCUCAAGAGUUUGAGGUCUCUGCCAGCCCCAUUCUUGAUCUGUAUAAUCCAGUUUCUCGCUCAUGGCACAGGGGUUCUUGUCGUUUAGACAGCCUAUUCAGAAGCUGUGUUAAACCUCCCCGUUCCCCUUCCCUAAGCCCCCACCUCAGGCUAGGUCAUCGGUGAACCUGUGAGCCCUGUUCAAAGGAGGGAAUGGUCCCUGUGUCCUGCAGGAAGGCGGCUGGUUUUAUUCCCAAAAAGUGCACCAGUUGGGAUUUUUAAAAAUGCAAAUCAGGGUGCCCAGCUGUCCCCUUAGUUUAUUUGUUGGCACGAGACCACAGCAGACAUAAUGAGCCUCACUUGCUGAUUCUUUCUUCUCUUUGGAUGCCUUUUUUUUUUAUUUUGGAGAAGUGGCAUUUCCUGCUUUGAGCUGUGGGUGUGAAAUCCUACCCCUGGAGCAGGGGCAGGGUCAUUACUUCACCCUUAACUUCCACCAUCAAAACCAGUGCUUUGGCACAGCCGGGCAGCCACCCGACAUUCCCAUAGGUAUUAAAGUACAGGGAAAGGACGAGAGAAACUGAAGGCAAUGGGUGGAAGGAUGAUUUCACCGUUUUCUCCUCCUCGCCCUUUACAGCAGGGGCUAGAAUUGUGAAAGGGGAGCAGGUGUUUUAUUUGAAGUGCCAUGCAAGGCAGUGUCCAAGUGGGCAUUGAACGAGUUGGGGGAGAGAGGGGAGCCAUCACUCAGCAUGCACUUGACCACCACACCACACCCACCCCCACCUUAGAAAAGGUGUGCAAUCCCGGAGCUGCGCAGGGUCAAGGGUUCGGGAAUGUUUAGUUUCCAAAUGUUCGCACUCUGCAAGCACCUGUCCAAUGGUUUUGCACCCCUUCCUGUACAUAGACCCCCACCACACCCACCGCACGUGCGUAUGCGCACACAUCACAUUCCACUGGCAAGCAAGAACCUGUUUCAGAGUGACCUGCCUGACAUUGCUGCCUGUGGAGUGUGUCAGGCUUGGGAUGUUGGUUCCUUCAGGGCAGCUUCUAUUUUUACAAAUACCUCGCUGCCCCCCCCCCCCUCCAAAAUAUAAACAGGAAACAGACUAGCUACCAGCACCUUGUCUUUAUGUGGCCUGUAGCACCUUCCCAGACUUGGCAGGAAUGCGGAGGAUCUGGGGGGUGGCAUCUUUGCUGAAAGAUUGACCUUCCUGUUUUGCAGAAAUCCCAGCUGGAUUGCUGCAGGAUUCGGGUAUGGUUGUGGUGGUGGUGUUGAAUGGACACUUUGGGGGUGGGUAUUAUCAUGUGUUUUUUAAAAGAUGAAAGACAUAAAAUAUUUGAUAUGUAGCAUGUCAGGAUCACAGCUCGAUUGUUGCUUGCUUGCUGUAGUGUGGCUGCGACAUCUUUUUAAAGACCUGUUGGAAUUGUUUGUAAUGGUGUUUGGAAAAUAAUUUCCUUUUGCCUUUUAACAGGAAUCAUGUUAGACUGCAUUUCAUUGUGACAGUGCUGUGCAAAAUCACGUUUCUGUUUUUUUCCUGACCGCACCAAAUAAAAUGUGUACUUUUAAUUUGA